AUGCCUAGAAACGACGGCCAAAGCUAUUUUCUCUACGGUUACGGGAAGAAACCGGCGCAAUUACGUCUUGGCCACCUGUGCUUUGGGCACUAUUCUGAAGCGACCGACGAUUCCCUGUGGUAUUUUCCUGGAGAAGAUCUUGACGCCGCCGGACUUGCAAAAUGCGCUGAUGUUUUCAAUAUCGACAACCAGAUAUUCGGGACCGACCCAUCUAUAAAGAUAUCGACUGACCUCAACGCGCUCGAUCUCAUUACGGUGGGAUCAUCCUUCUCCAAGUCCCGCGCGAUGUUUGUCUAUGCCAAAACAGGGCGCAAGAUUGAGCUGAAAGAGUAUGUGCCCAUCCAGAAGACCAUCUUGAUAAAGGACUCCUGCAAAAAGACCCUCGAGAGGUGGCUCGUCGUAGCCAACCCCAGCCUCAAGACAUUAUUCACCAGCCCGAAGAUUUGGUACUUGACGGGAUUCUACGAACUAGAAGAUACCUUGAGCUUUAGCAGUACCAAAAGCACAUUUGGAGCCCGAGGUGGUAUAUCCGCCGAGUUACUCUCCCUCCUCGGUGCACCUGCGGGUGCCAGUGCAGCGGCCGAAACGGCUAAAUCCCAGUUCCAAAGCGUACAAAUCAAGGAGCCACUUGUCUGGGCCGCAAGAUAUCAGCUGCUAGAUGCGAAGUAUCUACACUUCAAAAAGGGUGAACCUAAGCCCGGAAAGUUGGUAGAGCUGGGUCGCAAGGCACUAUAUUCCGAUGGCACCGUUCGUGGCCCGGGAGAUGUCGCAAACUACGCUGAGCUUUCGCUCCUUGAGUCUGAAACAGACUUGAACACAGAAGGCCCGCCGACGGAGUCUGAUGAGUAUUGGAAAGCAAUUAAAAAGGCACAGCAUAAGUGGGAAAAAAGGGAAGACUCCAGAAAAUCCCCAAUCUAG